ACAGAACGCGGUCCGUACAACGCCAGCAGCCACGACGCUGCGGUCAUGGCAGACUCGAUCCCUGACCCGUGGAUUUGCGACUACCUCAUUGAUGUUGCAGAGAAGUACGGAGGACAGCUCUAUAACGCUCCCAUCUACGACAAGCGGAAGAGAGUUCAAGUGACCGAGUUUUUGACGUUCCACGAGGAUAGCUACAUCUGGGCGUGGGUAUCUGACAAGUCCCACUGCAUACCUGUUCGAAUAUCGAGGGAAGCUGUCGAGGAUUUCAGUGGUCGAUGUGGUCGUGCGGUCGUUGACUGUCGCUUCGCCGUUGUGUUUAUCAAAAACUUCCGGCCUAUGUUUGCCCCUCGACCUCUUGGUGCCAACCAGAGAGGCAACACACCGAUCUCACAUAUCGCCCUAGACGUCGGGAAUGUAAAGCUUGUAGGGCUCGGCGGUCAUGUGUUCUGCGACCCGAAAGACGUGGAGUCUGAUGCAUCUGUGAAGAAGUGGGUUCUGGGUCUUCGCGAAGACGGUGGUGGUGGAAAUGUACUAAAACUAGAAAAACAAGAACAGCAGGCGCCGGAGAUAGUGCAAGCCUUGCCUCCACAACGACCUUCUUCGCUGACUUCUCACGAGCAGCAAGGUGCUCAGGCACUCGAAGCAGCAGCAGUCCUUCCAAAGGCAGCGAUGGGUGGUGUGAAUUCAAUACCUCUGCAGUCCAAGCCGAUCGAUUUCAAAAGGGAGCACUCAAAACGGUGGCGAGUGUAUGAAGUCGAUCGAUGGAAGUUUGCCUAUAAAUCAACACAAGAAGCAGCAGCAGCAAGUAUGUCGUGUAUAUCGGUUUAUCGCCUAGUUUGCAAUAUUCAAUGGUCACCCGUACAGACCUAGAAGCUAGACCAACUGUUGUAGACACGGAUCCCGUGCAAGUGCCUGCCUCCUCCACCAUACCGCUGGUACCUCGUACAUUCUCACCGGAAUCACCGAAAGCAUUGGUUC